AUGUAUUGUCAAAAAUGCCGAACUCCGCUCCGGCUUGACGGUUCGCUAGAAGACUUGAAUCCAGCAGCAUAUGAUCUCCUCGUCGCAACACAUUCGCAGCAAGCCCCCAAAAAACUGACCACACCACGAACUCUCCACUCCCAAGACCGCGCCCGGAAGGCGACGUACGACCGAGCGGCCCGAAAUGCACCACCCCCGGUAUUCAAGCGUCACGGAGGGGCUGGCCGUGGCGACGGCCAUGCACGCGAUAACUCCGCCAUGUCAUUCAUCUUCCUUACCGAGUCCCAAAUAGCCCCGCCGAACCCCGCCUUGCAAAGGAAUCAGCAGCUUCAACAUGCCUCUCCGCCGCCCACGGGCACCACAGACAGUCCCGAGGACGAAGACGAUACCAACAAAUCGUACGAGAUGGAGCGCAUCACCAAACUCUUCGAGAUUCUCUCUGCCCGCUCCGACAUCGACCACCCUGUCUGCGUUGACUGCACAGACGUGCUGCUGGAGGAGCUGCAGAAGAAGCUGGAGAUCACGACACGGGAGCGAGAUGCAUUCAUUGCGUUCCUAAAGGACAUACAAGCCAGCAAACCUACGGAUGGCGAGCUACAGGCUCGGGAGGAGGCUCUUCGGAAAGCCCAACAGGCGGAGGCCGCGGCACGCGAGGAGAUUCGCCAGCUGGAACGGGAAAAGGAAUCGUUCGACGCCGAACUCCGUGCCCUGGAAGGAGUCAGCCAGCAACUAGACGCCGAAGAAGAAGCGUUUUGGCGGGAUCGGAACUCCUUUGCGAGUCGGCUCGCCGACUUCCAAAAUGAGCGGGACAGCAUCAACAGCAAGUUCGACCAUGACUCGCGCCAACUGGAAAAGUUGCAACGCAGUAACGUCUACAACGACACUUUCUGGAUUAGUCAUGACGGCACUUUCGCUACUAUCAACGGCCUUCGGCUAGGCCGCCUCUCUAGCAACCCUGUUGACUGGCCGGAGAUCAACGCCGCGUGGGGCCACGCCCUGCUUUUGUUGUUCACCGUCGCCGACAAGCUGGGUUUCCGCUUCGAGGGCUACGAGCUCCAACCCAUGGGCUCAACAUCCCGCAUCAUACGCUACGACCAGCCCUCCCCAUCAUCUAGCCGGUCAGGCGGCGCUUCGGCCCGUAGCGCUCCCCCGCCUCCUCCCAAACGGCACGUCCUCGAUCUCUAUUCAUCGGGUGACAUGCCCCUGGGUUUGACCUUCAUGCAUCGCAAAUUCGACAACGCCAUGACGGCGUUUCUAGAACUAGUUCGCCAGCUUGGCGCCCAUGUGUACGCGCAGACGGCCGCCGAGGGUAAUCCCCUAAGCCUUCCCUACCCCAUCGAAGGCGACAAGAUAGGGGAAGUUAGCAUACGGCUAGGUGUAGCCCAGGACGACGGUUGGACGAAGGCUUGUAAGAUGACGCUGACGUGCUGUAAGUUCCUGUUGGCGCACGCGAGCAAUGUUAAUGGAGCAACGGCUGGUUGA